GAUGGAGGGAUUGGUAGUUUGCCCUGGAAACCACGUACCAUUGACACCUCUCAGUUUUUUGGAACGUGCUGCAUUCGUUUACCGCAAAAACAUAGCCUUAAUUUAUGGAAACAUAAGCUAUUCAUGGGAAGAAUUACAUGGAAGAUGUAUCAACCUUGCAUCUGCUCUUUCUCAACUUGGAGUUUCCUCUGGUGAUGUUGUGGCAACAGUGGCACCUAAUGUACCAGCACAAUAUGAGCUACAUUUUGGUGUACCAAUGGCUGGUGCAGUCCUUUCUGCACUUAACACAAUGCUAGAUGCCACCACAUUAGCACAAAAACUCCAACAAUUAGAGGCCAAAAUCAUUUUUGUAUACUCUGAUUUCAUUGGACUAGUGCUUCAAGCACUUACCAUUCUUCAAGAAAAAGACAAGUCUUGUCUAAUUGUCUUAAUCCAUGACAGUAACAGUGUAAAAAAACCACCAGUUUCAUCAUCAGGGCCAUCAAAGAUUCUGGAUUACCAAACAUUUCUUGAAAUGGGGCAGCCUAAUUUCAAGAUUAUGUAUCCGAAAAAUGAAUUUGAUCCGAUUUCGAUCAAUUUUACUUCUGGAUCAACAGGGAAGCCUAAAGGAGCUGUGUAUAGCCAUAGAGCUGCUUAUUUGAAUACAAUUGCUGACAUUUUUCGAUUCGAAAUGGGAAAAAGCCCUGUUUUUCUCUGGACAGUGGAUAUGUUUCGAUGUAAUGGAUGGUGUCUCCCCUGGACAGUUGCUGCUUUGGGUGGCACUAAUAUUUGUCUAAGUGAAAUCAAUGGAAAAGAGAUUUUGGAUGCAAUUUACCUUCACAAUGUGACACAUUUUUGUGGUGCACCAAUGAUUCUUACAAAAAUUGCUAAUGCUAUUGGCAAAAAUCAGCCCCUGUUACCUCACAAAGUGAAUGUAACAGUAGCAGGGAUAUUGCCACCACAAGAGAUUCUGAUCAAACUCGAAAAAUUAGGAUUUACUAUCAAUCAUGCAUAUGGUAUGAGUGAAGCACUUGGUCCAAUGAUAUCGAUGCCUUGGAAGUGUCAAGAUGAAUAUUUAUCCAAGUUAAAUGAAGACGUGGAUGUGAAAAUUCGUGAAGGGGUUCACAACAUUAUGAUGGAAGAAGUUGAUGUAAAAGAUCCAAAGAGUAUGGAAAGUGUGCCAGCAGAUGGAAAAACUAUAGGGGAAAUCAUGUUUAGAGGCAAUGCUAUGAUGAUGGGGUACUUGAAAGAUUCAUCAAGAACUGAAGAAGCUUUUGAGGGAGGGUGGUAUAGGACUAAAGAUCUUGGUAUUAAAUAUGCAAAUGGGAAUAUAAAAUUAAAGGAUCGCGCUGUUGACAUAGUCAAAACUGAGGGGAAAACUAUAAGCACACUUGAAAUUGAAGGUGUUUUGAUUAGGCAUCCUAUGGUUUUGGAAGUUGCAGUUGUAGCAAGAUGUGAUGAUGUUCUUGGAGAGACCCCUUGUGCUUUUGUGAAGCUGAAAAAAGGGUGUUUUGUGACUGAUGAAGAAAUUAUCAAGUUUUGUGAAGAUUGGUUGCAGGAUUACAUGGUUCCUAAGGCAGUAAUCUUUGGUGAUUUACCAUUCAAUUCUUCAGGGAAAAUACAGAAAUUUAUACUUAGGGACAAGGUCAACAAUGAAUUGAAAUUGUGUCUACACUCAGUUGGCGAGCUGCCCACACCUUCAUCCUAGUAAUGGGGAUUCGAAUCCCCACCGCCCUAAAAAAAAAAA